GUAUAUGUAGUCAAGUAGUUGACAGUUCUGAUGUCAUCUGUACAUGAGGGAGCGUGUAUUUAACGAAGGCGUUAGAUUUAGGUAGUAUGGGGAAGACUACGAGGGUAGUCGUUUGCGGGAUGAAAGGAGUUGGGAAGACAGCUUUACUGGAGCAGCUCAUAUACGGAAAUAUCGAUGCGAAGACGGAAAUUCAUCCUACAAUCGAAGACAUUUAUGUCGCCAACAUUGAGACUGAUCGCGGCACAAAGGAGAAGGUUAGAUUCUACGAUACAGCCGGACUUGAAUCUCUACAGAGCAAUGUAAACAAUCAGCAGCUUCCACGUCAUUAUCUCGGUUUUGCUGAUGGCUAUGUCUUAGUAUAUGAUACUGGUAAGCCUGAAUCUCUCGAUGUUCUCUUUCCUUUGAAAAAAGACAUUGAUAAAAAUAAGGAUAAGAAGGAAAUUAUUGUGAUUGUGAUUGGUAAUCGAACGAAAACCGAUGCUGUAUUGAAUAACUUGGAAAAUACUGCGAGUAAAGCGAGCAAUUGGUGUACUAGAGAGAAAAUUAAACAUUAUGAAGUGGACGUUAUGGAUAGAUCUAGUUUAUUUGAGGCAUUUGUCCAUCUAUCGUCUAAGUUGAAUCCUCCUGCAAAUAAAAGUACAUUUUCACAAUUAAGUAUGGGUAGGAAAACUGUUAAGGUGGAAGCACAGUGAUGCUUAUUUAAGAGUAUAAUGGUAUUAUAUGAACAUAAAAAGAUUGCGAUGUGAGGAGUCGCUCAUAUGAAUGUGUUGUACUCAGGUAUAAUUUAUUUCAUAACAAUUAAAUAUUACGAUACAGAUAUACUACAAGAUCUCAAUAACAAUAUCUAUCUAUGGCACAGUAUGUACUUUUCUGUUAACUUUGAACAUAUUUGUGAUACUAGAUUUGAAAGGAGACAAAUGGACUUAUUGUUAAAGCCAUAAGUAUAUCAUGGAUUAUGUACUUAAGAUAUUGUCAAUUUUAAAACUGUUUAACAUUAUUUAUCAAUUAAAAUACAAAGGAAAGAUUAUCUAAAUGCAAAUCUCACUAUUUAUUUUUGUUUAUGCAUUGUAUUGUCAUUUUUUGAGAAACUUGUACGCGCAUUAAGUCAUUAAUUUAUAUAUGCUAGAAAGCUAUUGAAUCUCUCUUAAAAACUAAGGUGUGUACUUAACUCUUAAAUCUAUGGGACUGAGACUAUGUUGAAAUUUAUAUUUAAAGUUAUAUUUAAUUAUUACAAGGAGUACAAGAACUCUGUGUACUUAUUGUAAUUGUUGUGAUUAUAUUAAUAAGGAAUUAUUAUUUAUGC